AUGCUCAGGUCGACUAAAUUAAGGAAACACGUGGCAACAUUGUGUCAACUUCUGGACCUCUCGAACCAAGAGCUGGAGCAGGUUGCAAAGUUCAGGGGGCACGACAUCAGAGUCCACUGCAACUACUACAGACAGACUGAUAAAACCUUUCAAGUGGCUAAAGUUGGGAAGCUGUUGUUUGCAAUGGAAGGUGGGGCAGAGGCCCUAAAGGGAAAGACCCUCCAGACGCUGGAUGCAGCUGUCUGUGACCAAACAGAGCUUCAGAACAGUGACUUGGAGGCUGAGGCUGAUGGUCCCAUGGACAAGCUUUCUGAUGCGUGUGCUGAAGUGUCUGAUGAAGAGGAGCUAGAGCCGACCUUCACAAAGGCCCAGAAAAACAAACGGACCAAGAGGACAGAUGCGUGUGCUGAAGUGUCUGAUGAAGAGGAGCUAGAGCCGACCUCCACAAAGGCCCAGAAAAACAAACGGACCAAGCAGGACAGAUGGUGA